AGAGAGAGAGAGAGAGAGAGAGAGAGAGAGAGAGAGAGAGAGAGAGAGAGAGAAGAGCAGAGCCGAGAAAGUCCAACCCUCAAGGAAGAACUCCAAGGAAGUCUCACAGGAAGAUUCCUCCCGCGACCCGUCCUCAACGACCGCAGGGACCCUAGUAUGACCCAAGAGGCAAGCCGAAAUCCUGGACAAUGACGGCCACAGACAAAGACACGGCAUACAGCCCACCUCCUAUGGACACGAUCAGCCUCAACUUUGGCGACGAGGCCGGAGUGAGCCAGCCGGUGACGCCGAGAACAGACCUGGCGCUGUUCAGGGUUCCCAUGAACAUCGAGUCCUCCUCCGCCUCCACCCCAUGCAGGGUAACCACUACUAACCUGGGCGCCAGCUUCGACUCCGCCAUCGCCCCCCUCGCGCCCCCGUACCCCGCCACGGACGAGGCACCCCCGCCUCCUCCCUCAGUCUUCUCCAUCGCCGUGCCGCCUCCUCCCACGCAGCGACAACAGCGACAGCAGCGCCCGCCACCACAACCCCGUCGGCGCGUUUCCGAGGUCCCUCUACACCCUCGGGACCGACGCGUUGACGAAGAAGAAGAGGCCCGUCGGAAGAAGACGAGGACGACUUACGUGCUCAUCGCCUCCUUCUUCAUCGCCCUCGUCAUCUUCGUUGUGGUCAUCAUUCUCUAUAGCAUAUGAGGUGUCGAGGCGAAGGAGGGUCGUUGGCGAGGUCGUGGGUGCCGGGGUCGUUAUCAAAUUGAUAAAU